CUUUGAGAGCAACGACCAGGACUUUAAAGUCCACCCUUAAACUCAUACUAAUGUUUCUACUCAUGUUUAAAAAUAUUUCCCGAAGAAAUGCUUAGUUAGACUCCAGUUUGAUAAAAGGAUGGCUUGUUUAUGUUUGUACAUCUUCCUCUUGCUCUCCCACAUUGUCAUGUCCGACAUCUCCCCCGCGCCAGCCCCGGCAUACAUUCCUGCCGAUAACAUUCUCAUCAACUGUGGCGCACCUUAUAAGGACGCUUCUUUGGAUGGACGAGAAUGGGACACAGAUUCUCUGCCUAAAUUUACAUCAUUACCUCUAAACACUUCAAUAGCAGCCUUUAGAGCUACAUGGCAAAGAGAUUCUGUAGAUGAAAUCCCUUACUCCACAGCCCGCAUAUCUCGUUCUAAAUUCACAUAUACAAUCCCUGUCUCCGAUGCUGGUCAGAAAUUUCUCCGCCUCUAUUUUUACCCUACGUCCUAUAUGUUUGGCUUUGCCGAAAACGAGGCACUCUUCUCUGUGGAUGCAGCAAACCACAAUCUUCUAUCUAACUUCGACGCCUUUCAACACCUUGAGCACAGAACAGCCACUCUGGUUAAAGAAUACGUCAUCACAGUCAAUCAAAGCCGUGUACUGGAGGUGACUUUUACACCUUGUCCAAACUCUUACGCUUUUGUCAAUGGCAUUGAAAUUGUUUCCAUUCCUGAUGAUUUAUACAUCAGAGGAAAUGACGUUCCCGUUAAAAUGAUUGGUCAAAUUAAGGGAUUUUAUAUUAAUGAUUCCGGGGCACUAGAAAAACUUUACCGGUUAAAUGUAGGAGGUGGUGUCAUUUCACCAGGAAACGAUACUGGAAUGUUUCGCUCAUGGGAUGAAGACGAGCCAUACUUGCUCGCCCUCGACGACUUUUCUGAAGAUAUAAGAUUUCCCAGAUUUCCGAUCAAUUACACGUCGACCACUCCCCCCUACACUGCUCCUGAGGAUGUUUACUACGAGGGACGGGUAUCGUCAUUCAACAUGACUUGGAGCUUUCAAGUUGAUUCUGGUUUUAACUAUCUACUAAGACUUUAUUUUUGUGAUUAUGAUGAUCAAAGAGUAUUUUCUAUUUUCAUUAAUGAUCAGACAGCCGAGCAAUCUGCAAAUGUUGUUUCUUGGAGCGGAGGGAGAGAUAUCUCUCAUGUAUUAAGACUUGCUUGUAGUGCAGUGUAUAGAGACUAUGCCGUAUUUGUGAGUGAUAACCCAGAUGAUAGCACAUCUAAGCCAUCUUUGUCGCUUGCCCUGCAUCCUCGUCCCAACAAAUCUUCCACUAGUGAUCAACCUGAAGCCCUUCUGAAUGGAUUAGAGAUUUUUAAGGUGAGUCAACCCGGAGGUAGCCUUGCUCUGGCCAGUCAUGAAAUAUUGGUUCAAGGCAUCCAAGAACGUGGUACCUCUCACUCUAUACACGUGGGCAAUCUCGUAGGGGGCUCGCUGGGAGCGCUACUCUUGUUCCUAUUAAUAAUUGGUUCUCUAUUAUUCCGACGGAGAAUAAAGAAAACUCGGGACGUCAACAACAAACUCAGGUCGGCUACCACAGACAUUUCUUUAUUGCCUUCUGUCAGAAACCUGAAGUUUUCUGUGGAGGAUAUAAAAUUGGCCACCAAAAAUUUUGAUGAAAAUUUUGUUAUUGGGACUGGAGGUUUUGGUAACGUUUAUAAAGGGUAUAUGAAAAAGGGUACAUGCCCUGUAGCGAUCAAGCGGUUAAACCCAUCAUCACGACAAGGGGCUCACGAGUUUCAUACAGAGAUCACCAUCCUAUCAAAUCUGCGCCACCGCCACCUUGUUCCCCUGAUCGGAUGUUGUGAUGAUACUGGAGAGAUGAUACUGGUUUAUGAAUACAUGGAUCACGGAACCCUCCGAGCUCAUCUAUAUGGGGGAGAUAAUCCCCCAUUGUCUUGGAAGCAAAGGCUACAAAUUUGCAUAGAUGCGGCAAAGGGACUGCAUUAUCUCCAUGCAGGUGCAGAGCGCAUAAUAAUCCAUCGUGAUGUGAAGUCGACUAAUAUAUUGUUGGAUGAGAAAAUGGUUGCCAAGGUUUCAGAUUUUGGUUUGUCGAAAAUGGGUCCUAGUGGCACGUCUGUCACACACAUGAGCACAAUAGUGAAGGGUAGUUUUGGAUACUUGGAUCCGGAAUAUUACCUAAGGCGGCAAUUAACUACCAAAUCAGACGUGUAUUCGUUUGGAGUGGUGUUGUUUGAAGUGUUGUGUGCUAGGCCAGUGAUUAUGCAGGACUUGCCAUAUGAGCAGAUGAAUUUAGCCGAGUGGUCUCGAAAUUGUUACAGGAAUGGUCUACUUGGUGAAAUAGUGGAUAAGAAUGUUGCAGGGGAGAUUACAGCUGAGAGUCUUGAAAAGUUUGGAGAGGUCGGAUAUAGCUGCCUAAGGGACCACGGGACUGAUAGGCCUACCAUGAGCAAUGUUGUUUGGGGCCUGGAAUCAGCAUUGCAGCUUCAAAAGACUUUUGAAAUGUUAGACCAUGAUAACCUCCUUUCAACUAAUAUUGUGGCCAAUGCUACAAGUGGCGAAGCGUCAACCUCAAGUACAGGAAGUGACGGAUUCAAGUCUGGAGUUGGAAGUGUAUUCUCUGAUAUUCUGAACCCGAAUGCACGAUAAGGUUGACAGCAUUGUGAAAGAGGAAAGAAGAGUACAAAAUGAGACAAUGCAAAGGCGGAAAAAAGAAAACGAUCUGGAAUUGUAAGGCACUGGUUAAACUUGGUUUAAACCUUUAUAACCGGAGACAGUUGUCUGGAUUCCCCCUGCAUUCAUGAUGAAGCUAAACCUUCUAUUGUAAUAAUAAAAUAGAUUACUCGCACUCCUCUCUUCUUGCUUUCUGAUAUACAUGAUUAUGGUUGAAAUUUUAAAGGAUCCUGGUAGUUAGAGCAACUCCAAUGCAAUGCUAUACUUGGUUCUAUUGCUAUAUUAUAGCAUCAAAAGUAAAAAAACUCAACUCCAAAGGGGUGCUAUAUUUGGAUGCAUCCAUGCUUAGAUGCAUCCUUGGUUCUAUAUUUGAAACCAAGGAUGGAUCCAUCGAUGUUGCCACAUCAUCAAUAACUAGAAAUUGGAAACUAGUUAAUGGGUUAAUGAGUUAGGUAAAAGUUAAUGAGUUGGUUCUAUAUAGAAGUUAGGUAAAAGUUAAUGAGUUGGUUAAAUUUGAAACUAGUUAUAGAACUUAGCAUUGGAGUGCAAGUUUUAUUUUAGCACCAAAAAAUAUUUUUUGGUGCUAUAUUAUAGCAAUAGC